CAAAUGUUCAACAAACAAAAGAAGUUCUGCUCUAAGUAUAACCUGCAGCUGAUAAAAGUGUGCAGAAAUACUUCCUUCAUCUUCUCUGGAAUCUUUUGCAACUUUUUGGGGAAACCCAUUAUGUUUAUGCAUGUUCUAAUCUUCCUGAAGUGUUGUGCAAAACAAGUCUGAACCAGAUUUACAGUAAAUUACUUGAUCACAACAGAAGGUUUAAUCUUUACGAGACGUCUGCAAAGUGUUGGACAAAAAUAGCUCUUAACCAGGAAGAAAACAUUUUUUACAUUCCGUGACUUUGCCCAACAGUGCGAAUGGCAGUUUUUAUAAGAAGUGGAGAGAUGAUAGCUCUGUCAUUUGCAAAUGUACUGGGGACCUGGACACAGCUGGGACAGACACUGCUGUUGGUCAUAAAAAAGAUGACAACAUUCCUACGAUACAGCUUUUUUGUUGUUUUUUUGUUUCAAUGUUUUUUCAGCACCUAUUGGACAAUGGAAGCCAAAGCGCCGGGUGAUAUAAUAAUUGGAGGAAUAUUUCCAAUACAUGAAAGUGUGCAGGAACAUGGCAGUGACAGUAACACCACAUGGACUUGUAACAGGUUAAGCAUCGGGCGGCUGUCUCAGUCUAUGAUAAUGGUUUAUGCAAUUGAGGAGGUAAACAAGAAACGUGAACUGGGGAACAUCACUCUGGGGUAUCACAUAGUUGACUCCUGUGGUGAAGUUUCUGCAGCACUAGAAAAUGUUCAAGUCUUCAUGAGAAAAACCCGUGAUAUCAAUGACCCGGCUCUCCCUCCUGUGCUGGCUGUUAUAGGCGGCUACUAUUCAGAGAUCUGUGUGUCAGUUACAAGACAACUCAACCUGGACAACAUCCCAGAGAUAAGUUAUGGAGCAACCUCUGGUCUGCUAAGUGAUAAAAACAAAUUCCCAAGCUUCAUGAGGACUGUACCUGAAGAUGAUUACCAAGUCCAGGUCAUCAUUCAGAUUCUAAAGCACUACAACUGGAACUGGGUUGGUGUGUUGACAACCGACGGUGAAUACGGCCGCUAUGCUAUUGAACGCCUUCAGGUCCAUGCAGACAAAGCUGGCAUCUGCCUUGCUUUUGUCUGCAUUCUGCCAGAGUCUCUCAAGGCCAAAAGAAUCAUGCACACCAUUGAGGGCGCUGCCAACAAAAUCGCGCAAAGCAAUGAAGUCUCUGUCAUCAUUUCCUUUGCAAAGCAAAACCACAUGAUGUAUAUUUUUGAUCAGGUUCUCCAAAAACCUGGAGGCAAAGGAAAAGUUUGGGUGGCCAGUGAUAACUGGUCACAAUCAACCAAUGUACUGAAUACUUCAAGGUGGAAGCUGGACGAUGUAGGAACAGUCAUCGGAGUAACACUGAAGUCUUCCAAAAGCCCAGACUAUACCAGGUUCCUUAAAAACCUAAAACCUGAAGAGUACAAGAACAACGGCUUCUUGACUGAUUUCUUCAACUCAAGUGGCACUGAAGCUUUCAAGAAAGAGCAAUUGAUUGACAUGACAUACCCUUAUGGUCUGUUCAGUAUUCAGCUGGCUGUCAAAGCAAUCACUCAGGCUCUCAAAGAUGUCUGCAUCAAAAAAGAGUGCAACCCAAAAAUGCUGAAACCAUCUGAGUUUAAGGAUGCCUUAAGGGCAGCAAAGUUCUCCAUGGAUGGUAAUGAUUACUCAUUUGAUGAAUAUGGUGACAUCAACUCUGGAUAUGAAGUGAUUGUGUGGAGGGAUCAGAGAUCCUCUAUGGACAUGAACAACAUCAUUGGUUACUUUGACAUACAAACUCAGAAGCUGAUUUUUAACACACAUGUAAAAGACAUUCGCAGACACAUGCAAGAAGUGACAUCCAGGUGCUCAGAGCCCUGUUUUCAUGGCACCAGGAGGAAGAGAGAGGACAGCCAGCCUGUUUGCUGCUAUCAAUGUGUCCCCUGUCCUGCCAAUCACUUUUCUAACAAAACCGAUUCUGAUGACUGCUAUAAGUGUAACAAUGCUACUGAAUACUCCAUGGAGGGCAGUGACAAGUGCUUUCUCAAAAAAGUGAUCUUCCUGAGGUGGGAGAACAUGUAUCACAUUGUGCUGCUGUCUUUUGCUGCUCUUGGAGCUUUGCUCAUCAUUAUUGUAGGAAUAAUCUUCCUUGCUCACUGGAACACCCCCAUGGUGCGGUCAUCUGUGGGCCCCAUCUCCGUGCUGCUCCUCCUGUCUCUGUUUUGUACAUUUGGUGCCAUACCCUUCUUCGGGGGAAACCCCUCUGGUUGGCAGUGUCAAGCACGACAAGUGAUUUUUGGCCUGAGUUUCACAUUAUGUGUCUCCUGCAUCUUGGUCAAGUCGUUCAAAAUCCUUAUGGCCUUUGAAUUUGACCCUGUCGUACAGAGUACCCUAGAGAAGCUCUACAAACCGUACCUAAUUAUUCCAAUAUGCAUGUUGGGUCAGGUGGUGAUCUGCACUGUGUGGCUUGCAGUAACGCCUCCCAAAGACACGUGGAAUAAUUAUAUAGCUGACGGGGAGCGUCUUAAAUAUUGUGACGAAAGGCUCUUUCCUGCAUUUGGAGCCAUGCUGGCUUACAUUGGCCUUUUAGCCAUAAUUUGUUUUUGUGUUGCUUUCAAGGGUAGAAAGUUGCCUGGAAAUUACAAUGAGGCGAAGUUCAUCACCUUUGCAAUGCUCAUUUACUUCAUCUCUUGGAUUAUCUUUGGCCCUGUUUACGUUACUGUCACAGGCCAGUAUCUUCCAGCAGUUGAGAUGGUUGUUAUUCUAAUCUCAGCAUAUGGCAUUUUAUUCUGUCAUUUCUUCACAAAGUGUUACAUCAUUCUGUUCAGGAAGGAGAAAAACACUAAAGAAAGCUUCAAUGAAAUGAUCAGAAGGUACACCAUGAAAGACGGCAAAGAUUGGGAUAGAGACAUAAAGAAAUCUAUCUGCCGGAGUCUUCCCAAUGAUUCCAUAAAACUCUAUAAUAGUCAUAAAAAAGACAUCAAAGCCUCAGAUGAUGGGGGAAUUUCUAACCCUGCCUUGGAAACGCUGUCAAGUCCUGCAUCAGAUUCUGGGUUGGAUGUGACGCCACGCAUAAAUCUAAUUGUGACUCCAUAUUACCCCCAGCCAAUGCCAAGACAAAUAAUCAGAGACUCCAAGGGAACAGAAAAGUGAUUAAAAGUUACCUUUAAAAAGUUUAAAUCAGAGGAAUUAAACCUUGUCUUUUACUGUUACAAGUUAGUCCCACUCUUGUCCGUCCAUCCAUCCAUCCAUCCAUCCAUCCAUCCAUCCAUCGAUUUCCUUAACCCGCCAUAUCCCUGUUAGGGCCAAGGGGUUGGGCAAAGGUGGAGUACACCCUGGACAGGUCACCAGUCUGUCACAUGGCCCCACUCUUGUUUUAAUCUGUAAUUUGAUCAAGGGAUUUUACCAUAUAUAACAAACAUGAAAAUAAAAGUAAUCAUACUUUCACCUAGACUUUAGUGUGAACAACAUCCAUGUAAAUUAAAAAAAAUAUACACUUUACAGAUACACUUUAAUUUGGUAAAUGUUUUGUUAAAAUAUCUAAUACUAUUUGAUACAUUUACUUUUGUUCCUUAUGGUUAAAUGUCAGUGUGUGAUAUCUGUUAAAGUUUUUCUGUUUCUUGUUAGUUUAAAGGAAAGCUUCAAUGUAAACUCAGCCCAGCAGUAGGAAACUAAAUCCCAAAGAAUAAUGUGUUGUGAUAUAUUUGUAAACUAUUAAAAACAAAAAAAAAUGAUUA